CACCUCCACCCACCACUUUCCCAACACAUUUUCCUUCUUCCCAAACAACUUGCUCAUCCUCUUCCUCCUCGCUUUUGGAUUUCCCAAUAUUUUUGUCUUUCCCUUUCCCACGAUCUUUUCUCUUCUCUCUCUCUCUCCUUUUCCUCUCUUCCACUCCAUGCCUCAGAAAUUUCAAAUCCCUUCCCUCAUUUUCCCCAAAACUCCUUUUUCUCUCUUCACUUCCAAGCGAAUUCCCAAUUUUACUUACAGCUCUGGACUCGGAUUUUGAUUUUUCUUUGCUAAAUUUUUCAAUUUUCACUCAACAGAUUGAUUUGAUUUCGAAUUUUUCCGGUUAAGAUCACGGUUCCGACUUAGAUGGUUCGGUUUUGCUGUUCUUUGUUGAGCAAUCGGAGCUAGGUUUCACGGUGGAGCUAGGGUUUGUUUCUGAGCUCGAGAAAAUGCCCCCGGAGGGCACGGCGGUCGCCGGCGCCACCGAUGGGUCCCAGUACUCGUUUGCGGUUGAGUAUAAUGGCCCUCCCGUGACCUACGACAUUCCCCGCGCCGUUCCGAUCAACGUGGAGAAGAUUCCGGUGGCGGCCGUCGUGUCGCAGGUGCCGUUGUCCGAAACUCUGUCGUUGCCAGUGGUCCAGCCGGUGUUGGCCUCGGCGUCUCUGAGGAAAAAUUUCUCCAAAGAGCUCGAACUGCUGGGAUCUUCAAAAACUACGGUUUCCCCAACUUCCGUGAUCGCCUUCGAGCGUAGCGGCAGCGGAGGCGACGAUGGUGGCGAUUCUGGAGAUUCCGGUGAUUCGGCUUUGUCGAAAGAACUGGAAUUGGGCUCUGGUGCGACCGUUUCGCCGACUUCCGUGAUCGCUUUCGAGGAGAGAUCUCCGGAGAAUCGCGAUGGCGGUUGUGCCUUGUCCGGCGAAUUGAGUAGCUCAGGUGCGUUGGAAUUUUCUAAUACGAAUUUCGAGUCUGGUGAAUUGUCGGAUUUAGCUAAUAGCUCUAGGGUAUUGGGGUCGUCUUCCAUUAGUCAUGAGCACUCUCAGGAGUUGUUGGUUGGAGCUGGGAGUUCCAGUACAAUAGAGUUCUCGGAUAGCUUUGAUAAAUCACGGGGAAGAAGUUUAAGAACUUUGAGGGAAACUAGUGGUAGGAACGAGAGUUUAGAUUUGAACGAUUUGAAUCAAUCCGACUGGGCAUCGACCGAGUCGGUAUUGAGUUUGGAUUAUCCGUCGUCUCGGGUUUCGUCUAUAAAGGCUGCGGAUUGCAAUAACGUAUUGAUUUCCGAUGUGAGACGGCCUCAAGUGGUGACGUUUCGUGAUAUUGAAUCGGAUGGCGGUGCUGAUGAGGAAUUCAGUAUGGAUGAGCCUGAGAUUCGUCCAGCCGUCAAGAGAGAACCUCAAACGAAGGGGAAGAAAGGUUCUUGUUACCGAUGUUUUAAGGGAAAUCGGUUUACGGAGAAGGAGGUCUGCAUUGUUUGUGACGCAAAGUAUUGCAGUAGUUGUGUGCUAAGAGCUAUGGGGUCAAUGCCAGAAGGUCGGAAAUGUGUUACUUGCAUCGGGUUUCCCAUUGACGAAUCAAAGAGAGGGAAUUUGGGAAAGUGCUCAAGGAUGCUCAAGCGGCUUCUGAAUGAUUUGGAGGUUCGACAAAUAAUGAAAGCCGAGAAGUUUUGCGAAGCAAAUCAGCUACCACCAGAAUAUGUUUGUGUGAAUGGAAAACCUCUUUGUCAUGAGGAGCUAGUCAUACUACAAACCUGCCCCAACCCACCAAAGAAGCUAAAACCAGGAAACUAUUGGUACGAUAAAGUGUCUGGUCUUUGGGGAAAGGAGGGACAGAAGCCUUCCAAAAUAAUUAGUCCCCAUCUUAAUGUUGGGGGUCCAAUUAUGGCAGACGCAAGCAAUGGAAACACUCAAGUUUAUAUGAACGGUCGAGAGAUUACGAGAGUAGAGCUUCGGAUGUUGCAGUUGGCGGGAGUUCAAUGUGCUGGUAAUCCGCACUUUUGGGUCAAUGAAGAUGGAUCAUACCAAGAAGAGGGACAGAAGAAUACAAAAGGAUAUAUAUGGGGCAAGGCUGGCACAAAGCUUGUCUGUGCUGUCUUGUCGCUACCAGUCCCUUCUAAAUCCGUGAAUACUUAUGGAGAGCCACUAAGCAAUCAACUAAGCAGAUCUGUGCCUGACUACUACCUUGAGCAAAGAACGCUUCAGAAGAUUCUUGUUGUUGGAUAUAAUGGAUCUGGCACGAGUACUAUAUUUAAGCAGGCUAAAAUUCUAUACAAAGACGUUCCUUUUUCGGAGGAUGAGCGAGAAAAUAUCAAGCUGAGAAUCCAGAGUAAUGUAUACGGCUAUCUUGGUAUACUCCUUGAGGGCCGUGAGCGGUUUGAAGAUGAAUGUUUGGCUGAGAUGAGGAAGCAACGAUCUUCUUGUAAAACAGAACCUAUUGGAAACUCUGACGACAGUGAUGACAAAAAUCUUUAUUCCAUUGGCCCAAGGCUGAAAUCAUUCUCUGAUUGGCUUCUCAAGACCAUGGUCUCAGGCAAUUUGGAAAUCAUUUUUCCAGCUGCUAGUCGGGAAUAUGCUCCACUAGUUGAAGAGUUAUGGAAUGAUGCAGCAAUUCAGGCUACAUACAAGCGAAGAAGUGAGCUGGAAAUGCUACCCAGUGUUGCAAGUUACUUCUUAGAGCGGGCUGUUGAAAUUCUGAGAAUGGAUUACGAACCCUCGGAUUUGGAUAUCCUCUAUGCCGAGGGUGUUACUGCAUCAAAUGGGCUUACUUGUGUUGACUUCUCAUUUCCCCAGGCAGCGUCUGACGAUCUCAUUGAUGCGGGUGAUCAACAUGAUUCUUUGACUAGGUACCAACUUAUUAGAGUACAUGCAAGAGGACUUGGAGAAAACUGCAAGUGGCUAGAGAUGUUUGAAGACAUUGGACUGGUCAUGUUCUGCGUUUCAUUAAGUGACUAUGAUCAGUAUGCUUCUGAUGCGGAUGGAUCAAUCACCAACAAGAUGUUGCUGACCAGGAGAUUCUUCGAAAGCAUCGUCACCCAUCCAACCUUUGAGCACGUCGACUUUCUUUUGAUACUAAACAAGUUUGAUUUGUUUGAGGAAAAGGUAGAACGAAUACCGUUAACCCAGUGUGAAUGGUUUGAUGAUUUUCAUCCGCUGAUAAGCCGGCAUCGAUCCACCAGCAACAGUAACAGCAUCAACCAUAACCCUACACUUGGUCAGAUUGGUUUCCACUACGUUGCAGUGAAAUUCAAGAGGCUCUAUUCUUCGUUGACUGGGAAAAAGUUGUUUGUUUCUCCUGUGAGGGGAUUGGAGCCUAAUAGUGUCGACGCGGCUCUUAAAUACGCGAGAGAGAUUUUGAAAUGGGACGAAGAGAGAGGAAACUUCAGCUUGAGUGAAUACUCGAUCUAUAGCACCGAGGCAAGCUUCUUUUCUCAUUAAUCUUUACGCCAUAAAAAAGGAUUGUAAAUGAUAUAACUCCUGCGUGACAUUGAUCGCUGCCAUGCCAGUGUAAAUAUAUUGGCUUGUAAUUUGUAUAUGAGCAAUAGAAGAUUGUUUCUUUCCACGAACUGUUCCAGGUACAAAUCAUUCUAGGUUGUACCAACACAGUUCUGCUAUUGUGCAACUAUUGAGAGAAUUCUAGAGUAUAUGGCCGCAACAUUUGUAAUCACAAGUUAGCAAUCAUAUGUUUCAGUGUCUUGCUCAUGUC